CAUUACAUUGGAUACUAUCACCAUUUAUCACACUAUAAUAACAUCUAGCCACAGUUGUAAAAUGUUACAGUAGCCUAGGAAGGUGGGUUAAUUGUGCUCACAACUAUCUUCUCUUGGACCUGUGCAAGUGUAUAGAUAUUGCUGAUUCUUCUUAAUCUGCAUGUUGAUGUAUCAGAGUUACGUCAUCACAUGAGAAUUGCUUACCUCUGACAAUUCUUUAGCUAAAAUAACACUGCAGGAUUAAAUACAAAAGAGACUAGAUUUUGUAGCCACCAAAACAUCAAAGAACAUUGUAAUAGGUUCAACAAAGGGAGUAUUUGAGAGGAUGUAUUUGUACUUCAAGCACGGUAUGAAAUCUUUUGAGUUACUGGCAUGAGGAGUUCUGUUGAUCCAGAAUCAGAUGAAUUUUCUCAUCCGUUUUUAGGGGGUUGUACACCCUGGUUCAUUCUGGCUCAUAAAUGAUUAAGUAACAGAAAGGUAAACUGACUGAAAGAUCCAAUAUUGUUUAGGAUUAGGAAGAAACAUAACUUACCCCUCCACUCAGCCCUGGUGAGGAUGCAUGCUGAUUCCUGUGUCCCGUUCUGGGCUCCUCUGUACAAGGGAGAUGUGGAGCUCCUGGAGCAGGUCCAGCAGAGGCCACAAGGGUAAGAGGGAACUGGAGCACCUCUUACAAGGAAAAGCUGAGGGAGCUGGGCCUGUUCAGCCUUGAGAAGAGAUGACAGAGAGGGAACCUUACUAGUGUAUGAGGAACAACUUUAUUGGGUGACCGAGCACUGCAACAAUUGCCCAGAGGGGUUAUGGAGUCUCUUUCACUGCAGAUACCCAAGAAUCAUCUGGAGGCAAUCCUGUGCCCUGUGCUCUUGGGUGACUGCACUUAAACAGGAAGGUUGGACCAGAUAAGCCAUUGCAGUCCCUUCCAGUCUUACCCACUCUGUGAUUCUGUGAUAAUUUGCAGUUCAGAACAAAUCAAAAACAUACUGACGGUUUACUUUACAAUGCUACAUCUCUAAAGGGUGCUCUGUAGUAAACUGUGAAACAGCACUGGUGUUAUCAAGUGGUUCCUUCUAAAACCACAUUUUUAAAAUGUGCAGCACGGUGCCUGCCUAGAUGUAUCUCCUUCUGGAGAACAGCCCUUUGUGUCUCUGACACCAGGAUAGUUCUCUAUGACUUGCACAGAUGCAAAAUAAUUCUUUGCUUUUUUGUGGUAUAGCAGGAAGAAAGGGCAGAGAGCUUCCCAGUGGAUGGGUCCUCUACCUUUCCACCCAUGGUGGGCAUCAGUUAGAUUGUGGAAAGCUACAGGCCUUUGAGCUCAUAUAAACUCUUGUAUUUCUCGUUCUCUUCUGUUCUUUUCUUCACCUUCCAAAUAAAAACCUGUUACUGAGCUUUAUUUUUUUUUAAAUCCUCUUAAUGCUAAAGCUUUUCCAGAAUUCUAAUUAAGUCAAUAGAGAGUAAAAAAUGCUGCUCUAGAAUACUAGUUUUAAGUAAUCUUUUGUGUUAUUUAGUAAUUCUAGUUUAUGUUGAAUUUGUUGUGCAUUCACUGGUCUUUUCAGUACUUCUUUGUGAUGCUAAAAAUAUGCUUAGUCUGAACUAUGUUAAAUUAGUUUCCAUGGAAGUCAAUUAAAUACCCUUAAUUCCUUCUAAAUUAGCAAAUAAUGGAAAGAAUUAAGUCCUGACUUGGGCUUGUUCUCUAGAAACUCGAAUGAGAAUUUACACUGUUUGUCUGUGCACAUGUUUAGGGCAUACAAAAGGCCUGGUUGCCAGGCCAGUGUAACUGGAAUUGAUGAAACUGGGAAUAGCUGGCCUGGCGUUAACAGGCUGUGCUUUAUUUGCAGAAUUCAUGCGGAACCCCUGUGUGGAUGCUGGCUUGAUCCCUCCCUUGGUGCAGCUGUUAAACUGCAAAGACCAGGAAGUAUUGCUUCAAACAGGACGUGCCCUGGGCAAUAUAUGCUAUGAUAGCCAUGAGGGCAGGAACGCAGUUGACCAUGCAGGUGGUGCACAUAUUGUAGUAGACCAUUUAAGGUCACUGUGCAGUAAAACAGAUCCAGCCAGUGAGAAGCUCUUGACUGUCUUUUGUGGCAUGCUGAUGAACUAUAGCAAUGAGAAUGAUACCUUGCAGUCACAGCUUAUCAAUAUGGGUGUUAUUCCUACGUUAGUGAAACUGUUGGGCAUUCAUUGCCAAAAUGCAGCUCUGACAGAAAUGUGCCUUGUUGCAUUUGGCAAUUUAGCAGAACUCGAGUCAAGUAAGGAGCAGUUUGCCUACACAAACAUUGCUGAAGAGCUUGUGAAACUGUUCAAGAAGCAAAUAGAGCAUGAUAAAAAAGAGAUGAUUUUUGAAGUUUUGGCACCCCUAGCAGAAAACGAUGUUAUUAAACUGCAGCUGGUUGAAGCAGGUUUGGUGGAGUGCUUACUUGAGAUUGUCCAGAAGACUGUGGACAGUGACAAAGAGGAUGAUAUUGCAGAGCUUAAAACAGCUUCUGAUCUUAUGGUGCUGUUAUUGCUUGGAGAUGAAUCCAUGCAAAAGUUAUUUGAAGGAGGAAAAGGCAGUGUGUUCCAAAGAGUACUUUCAUGGAUUCCUUCCAAUAGUCAUCAGCUACAGCUUGCAGGAGCACUGGCUAUUGCAAAUUUUGCCAGAAAUGACGGAAACUGCAUCCAUAUGGUGGAUAAUGGCAUAGUUCAAAAGCUGAUGGAUCUGCUAGACAGACAUGUGGAGGAUGGAAACGUAACUGUGCAGCACGCUGCACUGAGUGCUCUCAGAAACCUGGCUAUUCCUGUUGUAAAUAAGGCUAAGAUGCUAUCAGCUGGUGUUGCAGAAGCUGUAUUGAAAUUUCUCAGAUCGGAGAUGCCCCCCGUUCAGUUUAAGCUGCUGGGAACAUUAAGAAUGUUAAUAGAUGCACAAGCAGAAGCAGCUGAACAGCUGGGCAAAAACGUAAAACUGGUGGAACGCUUGGUGGAGUGGUGUGAAGCAAAGGAUCAUGCAGGUGUGAUGGGAGAGUCCAACAGACUACUUUCUGCACUUAUACGACACAGCAAAUCAAAAGAUGUAAUUAGGACUAUUGUACAGAGUGGUGGCAUCAAGCAUUUAGUAACCAUGGCGACCAGCGAACACGUAAUAAUGCAAAACGAAGCUCUCGUUGCACUGGCAUUGAUAGCGGCUCUAGAGUUAGUCACUGCUGAAAAGGAUCUUGAAAAUGCUCAGCUUGUUCAGAUUCUACACAGACUGCUCUCAGACGACAGGAGUGCUCCAGAAAUAAAAUAUAACUCCAUGGUACUGAUCUGUGCUCUUAUAGGAUCUGAACCUCUUCAAAAGGAAGUGCAGAGCAUGGCGUUUCUAGAAGUCAUAUCAAAACUCCGCAGCCAUGAGAACAAAACUGUUGCCCAGCAGGCCUCGCUAACAGAGCAGAGACUUGCUGUAGAGAGCUGAGGAAGGUCUUGUUCCCAGUGCUUCCCAUCACAGAUUUCACCUUUGUCCUCUGUCCUGCUGCCGCUCCUGCUAUGUUUUCCACUGUAUCACUUGUGCAUGCGUGUAAUGUUCCCACAUAAAUUGAUGAACUGCUGUAGGUACCCGUCCAAAAAGGUUUCUACAAAUUCAUAGGUGGUGUUAACAUGAACCUGUCUCCACCCAUAACUGUUCUACUUGUAUUCUUGUUGCUUGGGCCACGUAGUAGAAUGUGCAUGUUGUAGUCCUAUGAUGAUGUAGAAGUGGUACUACACAAUUGACUCUUUCCUCAUGCCCCCUAACUGAAUAAAAAUGUACUACUAAAUUAGGGACAAUACGAGAUGCAGCAAGUCCAGACUAGUGUGCUGACUAUAGGAUUAAGAAGUAAAUCUUGCUCAAUUUUUGGUGCUUUGGAGAUUCAGGUUUGAAUGCAAUGUACUGCUGCUCAUUCACUGGUCUUGCCUAUUAAUGUCAAACUCGUGGUACCUAGAGGUAACAAAUAAAAAUUUCAGUGCUCUCACUUUA